ACCAAAAGAGUCUAGCUUAGUCUGUUAAUUUGUAGCCAAAGAACACCAUAUCCCACAAUUCAAAGCUCAGCGUUGACAUGCAAGAAUGGCGGCGUCCUCUGACAAUGUGGGAAGUGUAACAGGACUGCUGGAGAACUGUGUAUCAAAGCAUGGAUUUGAAGUUUAUCCUCUAAAGAUUGGUUGGUACAACUCUGUGUUGCCUGCCUCUCUGCGUCUGGUUUAUCCAGAUGACUGCCUGGCUGUGGUGGUGCUCAGCACUCCUGACAUGUUUGAACAAGCCUUCCUGCCCUUCAUGCAGGAGAGAGGCUACCAGAGAAUGUGUGACCCCAUAGACCAGUGUGUCAAACACUAUGUCUCCUCUGCUGUCUCACAGUGUUUUCCAGGACAGAAGGUGGAUGUGAGGUAUGACUACGAGCUGCUGCCCAGCAGGAAGCCGAAGUUCUUGGCGCAGACUGCUGCUCAUGUGUCUGGAGCAGCUUUCUACUACCAGCAAUCUGAUGUCACAGACCAUCCCUGGGGUCAAAAGAAGAUGUUGGGAGUGUGUGUGCAUCCGAGGUUUGGAGGCUGGUUUGCCAUCAGAGCCCUGCUGGUGUUUGAAGGUGUGACGGUGGGCUCCGAGCUGGUGCAGCCUGUUCCUCCUGACUGUGUGCCUUCUAGAGAGGGCAGGAUAAAACUGCUGGAGGCUUUCAACCUUCACUGGCAGGACCGGAGCUACAGAGACAUCAUCCGUCCAGUCCAGACCUACUCUCAGAAACAGAUAGACUACUUUUCCACUCCACCCGCCCAGCGGUUGGCUUUGCUCAGGACUUGGGGUUUCCUGCCGAGGGACGACGAUCAACCUGAUCACAGCUCUGACACACAGACGCAGAUGAACGGACAUGGCUGAAAGACAGAGGACAGCUGCAACGUGGAAGUAUUGCUCAUCCUCUCUGAGCACCGACCUCCGCUGCUUUGUCAGACUUUAAAUUUAAAUUUGAUUGGACCUUGAUUGACUCGCUGAACUGAGGCCCAAGAUGGGAUGUUAAUUUAAGCUCAUACGGUUAUGGUGAAAGCUUUUUAUGGCAUGUGGGAUACUUUUCAAGGACUCUCAUGUGAACAGUUGCUGCUGUAUGGCUGCAAUGUGACAAUGUUUCUGAAUAAGUUAACACAACUUUAAAAUACUAUAUUUUAUUUGCCUGAAUAAUAGGCAGCUCCUUUCACUGUUACACCUUCCUGAAUAUACUCAUAUGUACUGUAUGAAUUUAUUAGUACAGUACAGCUAUUGCAGCUGAAUGCAACUCUUGUUUGAGUGAAAUUUUUUUUAAAAAAUGACCCAAAUUUCAGUUGUAUUUGAGAGUACCAGUACUCCUCCUGUUGUUGGAGAGUGGAGGAUUGAUGGUAUUGAACUGGACAUUUGAGGAUGUAUGUAUGUCUCUCCAACAAUAUGCACUCUACAAGCACCUCAAAACAAACAGAUAGUACUCUGCCCUCCUUAACAAAGCAGAGGAUUUGUUCAGUAUUUGUUUUUUUUUCCAUCAUGCCCUUCAAUAUUGUGAAGAAGAAUGCACUUUAUAUACUCUUAUUUGCUCUUAUCCUACCAUAAAACAUAGACUGUAGAUGUUUAAAUUGUAACAGGAAUUCAUAUUCAUACUCAUACUCAAUAUCAACAUAAGGUGCUUCAAAAAGGCCAGUCUCACCAGCCUGCAGCCUGCUCAAUUUGUGAUCUGUAUCUUUAAGUACCGGUAUGUGAUCACAAAGAGAACUAUUUGAUUUAAUAGUGAAGUUGUAAAAAUAAUAAAGAACUGUAUCACUCGGUUUAAUUUAA